UAGAAUAACUCUCAAAACAACCUUCAAGCGUUAAUAUUUCAUGAUCUUCGAUAAAGCCUGUUGAAGCAUGUUUCAGGAAGCUUUUUUCCUGAAUAGAAGUGAAACUUCAAUGAUACUCGUGGAUUGACAGAUUGAAUGGACAAAAAAUACAAUAAAUCAUCGAACGAUUUCGGUGUCUGAAAGUAUAUUAGACAGCAUGUCAGUCUCCCGUUACGGUUGAUGAACAAAUCAAUACCUGUUUUGAAUUGAAACGAAGCCCAGAUCGAUGGAUUCCAAAAAUAAACACUACCUACUCAAAUACUAAUGGAAAUUUCGAUGGAAGUCAAGAGUAACAUUUAACCCCAUCAUUUUCACAAAUAUGGCUGUAUAAAUAUUGGAUUGAAUCACGAAAUGUCAUAAUAGAGAAAUUGCUGACUUGCAAUGGGGAAUUCUGAUAUGGUAAAUGCAUUAUUAUUUAUUUCCUUGAUAAUCUGGAUGAAGUUGGGUCAGUGGUCCCUGGAUAGAGAAUGGUUUCGCAGAGAUGGCCUAGUGCUGUUCAGCAAACUGAUUCGAACGAAGAACGUGGACAACUUACAGGAACAAACGAAAAUACCUGUACAAGACAGCACAAAACAAAAACUAACGAAAUGCCUGACCACUUUGGACCUUACAUCAUUAGGAGUAGGCAGCUGCGUAGGUACUGGAAUGUAUCUCGUUGCAGGCAUGGUAGCCAAGAAUGUAGCUGGGCCUGGAGUUGUUUUUAGUUUCAUUAUCGCAGCUGUAGCCAGUAUUUUCUCAGGGGCAUGCUAUGCAGAAUUUGGCGUACGUGUGCCACAUACGACUGGCUCAGCUUAUAUGUACUCCUAUGUGACAGUGGGGGAGUUCAUAGCCUUUGUUAUCGGAUGGAACAUGAUUUUAGAGUAUUUAAUUGGCACAAGCGCUUGUGCUUGCGCAUUGAGUGCUUGUUUCGAUGCUCUUUCCAAUGGUGCUAUUAGCCAUUCUAUUGAAAAUAGCAUAGGAACUUUCUUUGGAAGAGCCCCGGACUUCCUAGCAUUUGUGAUAACACUGUUAAUGAUGUUACUGUUAGUCGCUGGAGUGAAAAAAUCUCUUAUCUUCAACAAUGUACUCAACGCCAUCAAUCUCUCUGUUUGGGUGUUUAUUAUGACUGCUGGCCUCUUCUACGUUUCGCCGGACAAUUGGACUAAACAUGGUGGAUUUCUGCCACAUGGCUGGUCUGGGGUUUUCACCGGUGCCGCUACCUGCUUCUACGCUUUCAUAGGAUUCGACAUCAUAGCAACGACCGGAGAAGAAGCCACCAACCCCAAAAGAUCCAUACCUCUGGCCAUAGUUUCCAGUUUGAUUAUCAUCUUGAUAGCAUACGUGACGAGUUCUAUGAUGUUGACGUUGAUAGUCCCAUAUACGGAGGUCGACGAGGACUCAGCUCUGGUGGAGAUGUUUGGACAAGUUGGAGCUUUUCGCAGUAAAUAUAUCGUCGCAGCUGGGGCCUUAGCCGGUCUGAGCGUUAGUAUGUUUGGCUCGAUGUUCCCAAUGCCCCGAAUUGUUUAUGCAAUGGCCACAGACGGACUUAUUUUCAGGACCUUUUCGCAAGUGCUUCCGAGCACGGGAACACCUGCCUUUGCCACCUUCAUCAGCGGUUUUGCUGCUGCAGUGGCGGCACUUUUUAUCCGGUUGGAAAUUCUUGUUGAGAUGAUGUCGAUAGGGACAUUAUUAGCUUAUACUCUAGUGUCAACAUGUGUUCUUAUAUUACGUUAUCAGCCACACUCGACAAACUUGGUGGAGCUGUUGCCUCAAAGUUUACGAACGCCCAUACGUGGUUCGCCCAGCAAAGACCACAUGGAGCCAUCUUUAUACGGAAAUCAACUUCAACCAGACGCCCUCAAGAACGCAUUGGACUCCAAUGCGCCAAUUCCAGCCCCUUCACCGCUACCCUCUCAACCAACCCAGAGGGUGAUGGUGAGGAGGAUCACAAGGAGUUCGCCAGAUAGUGAUGAUACGUUUGGUGCAGACGAGCCAGAAGAAGAUUUUUCGAUGAGGGACGAUCAAUUCUUAGUUUCUGAUCGUACAGAAAAUAAGUUCUAUGGAACUCUCCAUGGAGCCGGAAGUGCAACAAGUACCGGCGGUGUUAUAGGAUCAACGGUAGGAUCUAAUCUAGGUAAUUUAGGACGUAGAUUACAAGCAGCCACUUAUUUGUGUCCUGCAAUAUUUCCAUGGGUUGAUACGGGACCUGCAACGGAAGAAUCUGGAAUGUUCGUUAUGAAGAUGGUUGGUUACUUGUAUAUCCUCAUCAUUGUCUUCGAUUUGAUUAUAGUGAAUGCCAUGCACAAUAUGAGUGGGACCUCAACAUUCUUCUUUUUCCUCUUCUUCUUCGCGAUAAUUGGAGUAUUGUUAGUUAUAUCCAGAAAACCACAGAAUAGGAACACACUCAUGUUCAUGACUCCUUGCUUACCCUUCGUGCCAGCCAUCGCGAUCACCGUAAACAUUUAUUUAAUCUUCAAAUUAUCAAUUCUGACGUUGGUCCGUUUCACCAUCUGGAUGACUCUGGGACUAGCCAUGUACUUUUAUUAUGGAAUCCAUCAUAGCACCCUUGAAGAAACGGACCAGAAUAUUGAAUUGACCGUUACGCAAAACGAAAAACCGAAGCCCAAAAACGACGAUAACAGCAUAUUCAGCCAAGACCAGCCCACCUACGAUUGGAACCCAACGAUUGCCUGGCAACAACCCUCCUGGUCGCAACCCCAACAACAGCAAAAUCAAGAACCAGCACGUUUCCAGUUGGAGCAACGAUAUGACAUCCACACUAACGAUACCAGAUCGGUCCUAAACCGUUCUGCACCAGCAGCAGCACCAACGUCUACGAAAGCUGGCGCCCUCUUUGUUGACGAAACCCUGUUUCCGAAGUGGGACGAUUAGACCACUGUGGAAACUGAAUCUUUGGUUGUUGAAUAAGAAGCCCCCUAGAAAAUAUCUGCUUGAAAGCUUUUGCCGCAAAAUACUGAUCGAAAUUAGAAGAAACAAAUAUUGUGAAGGCGUAUGAUUUCGAUUUCUACAAACGAUCUGAAUCGUGUAUAGAGUGAAUGGAUGGUUAUUCUUGGAUUUUCGAAACUGUCUGAAGCUUUACGACGUUUGAGUUGGAAUCUCCUCCAAAAUAAUAUAUGAAAUACAAUUCAGGCCCCUCAAUCAGUUGAUCGUGGAAUCUUACUCACUGUAGCUAGUUAAAAAUCUUCCAGAGACCUAGCAGAGUUCAAGCAAAAGGUAAUGAUGACAAAAUAUGCAGUCGUGUAUGUCAUGAAGAUGAAGGGCGAUAGCUAAUUCAAGCAUUGGCAAAUUCAAUCCUGGUAACUGAUUGGUUAUAGCAAGAUUAUUGCAACUCUGUUAUCGUCUCAUUAACAGGUAAUGAUUUAGCUUCCUAGAACUCAUACGGAUCCAAUUUGACACCCAACUUCUUUCUUCAAAUCUUUUCUUCGCCACAAAAUCAAUUGAUAGUUGAAUCUUAUUCACUAUAGCUAGUUAAAAAUCUUCCAGAGUCUUAGCAGAGUUUAAACAAAAGGUAAUGAUGACAAAAUAUGCAGUCCUGAAUGUCAUGAAGAUGAAGGGCGAUAGCUAAUUCAAGCAUUGGUAAAUUCAUUCCUGGUAACUGAUUUGUUGUCAUCUCAUCAACAAGUAAUAAUUUAUAUUCCUAGAAUUCAUACGCAUCCAAUAUCACUCCCAACUAUAUUUACACAAGUUAUAAACUUAUCCUCUCUCCAAAGGAGCCCGAAUAAAUACCAUUUUUUUCUUCAAUUGUACAUUCUUUCAAUCAGAAAAAUGUACCCAUGAAAAAUUGAGCCUACCCAAACAUGAUAAGAAAUACAAAUCCAGGGUUCACCUUCCACUCACUCUCUUCAUAAUGAUAGCUAUGUUAUUGUUGUUAUAGUAUUUUCCUGUUUUCUUAGAAAUUCCAUGUAUUCUUCUUAUCCUUGUAUAUUGCUUUUAUAUUUUUUUGCAUCUCUCAUGGGCAUCUGUAGGGAAACCGCCCGAUAAAAAAAUUAAUUUUAAAUGAUACCCUCUUAUCGGCUUUUAUCUAUGAUGUUUGUAGAGUAGCUAUUUUAGCUCUAUUCUGAUCUGAAUUAGAUAUAUUUAGAACUUUUCAAAAGAUUUAAAACAUAUUUUUCUAAUGUAGAAAAAAGUGUAAAAGUUUGUGACUAAUUUUUACAAUUAUUCAAAAGUGUAGUCUGCUUCAAUCUGAAUUAUUUCCAUGAUGUUGGUAAUCUAUAUUUAUUUAAUCGUAUAGAGCUAGAAUAAAUAGAUAAGAGAAGCAUUUUUUAUAUCGUUAAUUUUUCUUUUUAGAGUCGUAAUAAUUGUUGACGUAAUGAUUGAGUCUUCUAAUUGCAAGUUAUAAUAAAACUCAAUUCAUCUUUACAGUUCUAGUAUUAGAAAGAUAAUAAAAAAAGACUGAAGGCUAAUUUAGGUUUGAACGGAGAUUGGACAAUUUCAGACAGGUUAUUACGAGUGAGGUCAAAAUACAUAUCAUGAGAAUUGCUGAAAAGCUCCAUACUGUUAUCAAGUCGUUCUUUCAAAAAUAUGAAUUUUUCGGAGCAUCAUUAUGAAAUCUACUAAAACAAGUGCUUUAUUUUCUAGGUAGCUUCAAUGAAAAAGGUUGUUGAAAUCUUAGAAUUAGAAUAUUUAUCCUAGUAUAUCUCAUUAUGAAAUAUUUAAUCGUUAUUUGAAUUCGAAACUUUUUCCUUUCGUGACAACAUUAUUUUCGAAUUGUCUCAGUGUGAGUGAAAUUCCGAAAUGGGUAAAUAAACCGUUAAGUUAAUUAAGGUAACCUUGAAAUGCUUCUACUUAUGUGAAAAUGUAUAUAUUAUGACCAUAAUUUUAUAGAACAAUACGAUUUUUUCAUGUAAAAAUAUGUAAAAAUAGAUCGUUGUUUGCUGUCUAACUCAUUUGAGGUUAUGGAUUGAGUGGUUUGUAUCAAAAGUAUCAUUCUCAAAGAUUUAAGUGACUAUUUCUUGGAAUUUAGGAUGCCUUAAAUACUUGUAUACUAAUUUUGUUUCGAAAUAUCUCGCAAUCAUCAUUAUUUGGCCGUCAUAUAAUGGAGGAUUGAGCUAAGUGGAAUAAUCUUCCCAUUUUCAGAAGUGUCCGUUGAACUCGCCUAAUUGGUGGCGCUAGUGUAGCUAGAGGGCGUAUUUCGUAGGAAACGUCAAAAAGUACUGACAGAGAUAAAGCAAGAAGUAAACAAGGAUUAAAGUGUGAUCGCCUUCUGUGGUUGGUUAUCCUUUGGCUAUACUAGCGCCACUGUGGAGAAGUUUUAAACUCUCAUUUACCUUUUCCACUAAACAGUUUCUCGACAGUUUUACCAUAAGAGAUUAUUCUCCUUAUCUCUAUCCUCCAUACGUCAUAUAUUGAAUUUU